AUGGAACGUCCUAACGCAAAUGAAGAUGAGCCAGAAUCAGGGAAACCCAAUGAUAUUUUCACCAAGAUUUUACUAUCAAACAAAGGUGUUCCUCGUGCUUUGACUGAUGGAGAUAUUGCAGUUAAAUUUGGUCGUAGUGCUUCCAGAUGUUUUUCCUGCAGAUGGGAUAAAAAUGAUAACGGACAAGUCAUUGUGCCUUAUAUCAUUUCCUAUAAGUACAAUGAUUCUCAAGUCUCCUUGAUUACUGCUGCUAUGCAUGAGCUAGAGGCAGUAACCUGUGUGUUAUUUGUACCACGUGCAACAGAGAAAGAUGCCAUCAAUAUUACCUCAGGAAAUGGGUGCUGGUCUUAUUAUGGGAGGAUUGGAGGAAUUCAAGAACUAUCUCUCUCUGCAAAUGGCUGCAUUUAUAAAGGUGUUAUCCAACAUGAACUAAAUCAUGUUUUGGGAUUUCUCCAUGAGCACAACAGAAGUGACCGUGAUAAAUAUGUGGAUAUUUUAACUGAAAACAUAUUACCAGGAGCUCUUGGUAACUUUGAUAUAUACAACUCCAAUAUGGAAUUACCAUAUGACUAUGCCUCAGUGAUGCAUUAUCCACGAGAUGCAUUUUCUAUUUCUCAUGGACUGGACACCAUAGUUCCAAAACCGGACCCAAACAUAGCGAUUGGACAGAGAUAUGGUCCUACUAACCUCGACAUUGUUAAAAUUAAUACACUAUACCAAUGUGAUGUCUGCAGUACAAUACUCAGCAACUCCAGUGGAACUUUUGUCACUAUGUACAAUGCCUCAGAAUACCCGAAAAAUUCUAGCUGUGUGUGGUUGAUCCGAGUUCCAUUAUAUCAGGUUUCCUUGAAGAUUAAUACAUUUAAUACUGAUUACUCUGCAACCUGUACCUCUAACUACAUCCAGGUUUAUGAUGGAGCCACAAAAACAUCUCCAGUCUUGUGGAAAAAGUCUUGUGGCAUGAUGCAGAUACCACCAUUAAUAGCUACAUCAAACUUAAUGCUCAUUCAUUUUGUUACUGAUUGGAAAAUGCCAAAGACUGGUUUCCAUGCUUCAUACAAAACAAUUCAAUGUGGUGGAACAUUCUAUAAUCCGUCAAGUAACUUUACCUCUUCUGGAUACCCUAAUGAAUACAACCCUAACAUGAACUGCUCCUGGACAAUCACUGCUCCUCCAAGAUAUAAGAUCUCACUUAACAUAAGUGACUUUUACCUAGAGUACAGUCAUUCCUGCUCCUUGGACAACUUGACCAUUUAUGAUGGGGACAACAUUUUUUCACCUGCACUAUUCUAUUCUUGUGGUGAGGUGAAGGUUCCCAUACAGACCUCAAGCGGCAAUACCAUGCUACUUCUGUUACGCACAAGUUUAUCUGUACAGAAGAGAGGUUUCAAGGCAUCUUAUACCACAAUACAUCGAGAUGAGCAUGAAUGGGCUUUCAGAAUCUUAUCUGGACUUUCUACUAAACUUAACCCAUUCAUUGAUACUACAUCUUUACGCAGCCUAAUGGACUCCAUAGAGUCACCUGUACAUGUAAUCCUGUAUCUCAUGAUUUUUGAUGUCCAUGUGAGGGAGAGGACCUACCUAGUGUGCUGCCUGUCAGAUUAUGAGGCAUAA